AUGUACUUGAAUGAUGAUAGCUUAGAUUCCUCUCAUUACGUAUCCGCAUCAGAAAUGUUUAAUGAUUUCUUAUACAAAAGUAGUAGAGCUGAACUUAAGCUAAUAACAAAUAUAAACGAGUACUUAAUGGUUGAGAAGGGUAUUUGUGAAGACAUGACAAUGGCAAAUCACCGUUAUGCUAAAGCUAAUAAUCCUAAAUGUUCUGAUUACAAUCCAGGCAAACCAACAUUUUGGAUCUUAUAUGAUGAUAUGAAUGCUUUAUAUUCAGAUGCUGAAAUAGGAUAUAUGUUAGAAGUUGAUCUAGAAGCCUCAGUGCACUUGUAUGAUUUCUUUGUGAAUUAUCCUUUAGCACCAAAAAAGCAGAUAGUUUUAGAAGAAUGA